AUGAGUGGUGAUACUAAAAUGCCACUUCUUCGUAAUGGUACCAAGCCAGAUGGUUCUAUACAUGUGAUGACAUAUAUAGAUGACAAAAAUGUGGUAAGACCUAAAGCAAAAUGCAUUGCAAGACUUAAUUGUGAUUACACCUUUAGGGGCCUCAAAAGAGCUGUUCCAAGAGCACUAAACUCUGUUAAUAUAAUAAAGAUUUGUCACUUUGCUCAUCGUUCUGAAUGCUUCAUAAGUGCCUAUAAACUUGGAAAGGCUGCUGCCUUUGCGGUAAAGAAAUAUCAUUCUCAUCGUCGAAUUCCAGAAAAAGUUCUUAAAGAAUUUGCACAUGACUAG